CAGCGAUCCUGAAAGCAGCCUGGACAGCCACACGCCAGUCAGGUGGAAAAGUUGGCCGUGCUUAGGGAAGUGAGGCGGGAUCGAUGCACUUGAGGGCCUGAGCCGCGCGGCGUGACGUCGGGGGCGCGGUUUUGUGGCGUUUGGGCGGACGCUGCGCCGAGGGGCGGCGCUGGGCGCGCGCUCCAAAAUGGCGGCGAACGUGUUCCCGUUCCGCGACGCCCGGGCAGCACCCGACCCGGUGCUGGAGGCCGGCCCGGUGGCACACGGUCCACUGCCAGUACCGCUGGUGCUGGACAACGGGUCGUUCCAAGUCCGCGCUGGCUGGGCGUGUCCUGGGCAGGACCCAGGUCCCGAGCCGCGCCUGCAGUUCCGCGCAGUGUGUGCCCGCGGUCGUGGAGGGGCACGGGGCGGGUCGGGCCCGCAGGUGGGCAAUGCCUUGGGCAGCCUGGAGCCACUGCGCUGGAUGCUGCGCUCGCCCUUCGACCGCAACGUGCCAGUCAACCUGGAGCUUCAGGAGCUGCUGCUGGACUACAGUUUCCAGCACCUGGGUGUCUCCUCACAGGGCUGCGUUGAUCAUCCCAUAGUUUUGACAGAAGCUGUGUGCAACCCGCUGUAUUCACGGCAAAUGAUGUCCGAGCUUCUUUUUGAGUGCUACAGGAUUCCCAAGGUUGCCUAUGGAAUAGACAGUCUGUUCAGCUUCUACCACAAUAAGCCAAGGAACUCGAUGUGCAGUGGGCUCAUCAUUUCAUCUGGAUACCAGUGUACGCAUAUUUUACCCAUCUUAGAGGGGAGAUUAGAUGCUAAAAACUGCAAGCGCAUCAAUCUUGGAGGAAGCCAAACAGCUGGUUACCUCCAGCGUCUCCUCCAGCUGAAGUAUCCUGGGCACCUGGCAGCCAUCACCCUCAGCCGCAUGGAGGAGAUUCUGCAUGAGCACAGCUACAUCGCUGAGAAUUAUGUAGAAGAAUUACACAAAUGGCGGUGUCCUGAUUAUUAUGAGAAUAAUGUCCACAAGAUGCAGCUCCCAUUUUCCAGCAAGCUCCUGGGCAGCACUCUGACCUCUGAGGAGAAACAAGAAAGGCGGCAGCAGCAAUUGCGGCGGCUGCAGGAGCUCAAUGCCCGGCGGCGAGAGGAGAAGCUGCAGCUGGAUCAGGAGCGGCUGGACCGACUGCUGUACGUGCAGGAACUUCUAGAGGAUGGCCAGAUGGAUCAGUUUCACAAAGCUCUGAUAGAGCUGAAUAUGGACUCCCCAGAAGAACUGCAGUCCUACAUACAGAAGCUCAGUGCCGCAGUAGAGCAGGCUAAGCAGAAAAUCCUCCAAGCGGAAGUCAACCUCGAGGUGGAUGUGGUAGACAGCAAGCCAGAGACCCCUGACCUGGAGCAGCUGGAACCGUCUUUGGAAGAUGUGGAAAGCAUGAAUGAUUUUGAUCCCUUGUUUUCAGAGGAAACACCUGGAGUGGAGAAGCCGGUCACCACUGUCCAGGUACCCAAAAGACAUUCAGGAAAUGCUGGUUCAGAACGUUUUCCUCACUGGCGGGAACACGAUGUAUCCUGGGAUGAAAGCCAGAAUGGAGAAGGAGCUGUUGGAGAUGAGACCCUUCCAGUCUUCUUUUCAGGUUCAACUUGCCUCGAACCCUGUACUGGAUGCCUGGUACGGGGCUCGUGACUGGGCCUUGGACCACCUAGAUGACAAUGAAGUUUGGAUCACCAGGAAAGAAUAUGAAGAAAAGGGAGGAGAGUACCUCAAGGAGCACUGUGCUUCCAACAUCUACGUCCCCAUCCGUCUGCCAAAGCAGGCCUCCCGCUCCUCAGAUGCCCAGGCGUCCAGCAAGGGUUCUGCUGCUGGCGGAGGUGGUGCUGGCGAGCAGGCGUAGCCCAGGCCCUCCAGGUACACUGCCCUGCACACCAUGCCUUGGGCCACGUUGGCAGCAUGACAGGACUGUGAUUGUGCUAGGUGUGUCCGCCCAAGUCUGCUGGUCACAUUUGGCCGCAAAAUGGAUUUCUCCUGGGGAGAACAAAGUUAAGGGACACUGAGAACUGCCCUGCAGAAGCAGGUUCACUUGGGGGCUUCUGCGGUGAAGAGAUUAACUGGCCUUCUCAUGUCUUUGUUCAACUGUGGCCAGCUGUGGCAUCAGCUUCCUGUAGCAGUAAAUGAAGACAGAAUGGAAAAUACACAUGUACAGAAUGCACAAGACUGAUUUCUUACCACAUUUUAGAGUCUUUUAUGUUUAAAAAAAAAAUCCUUUAAAAUUUAUCUUGUCCGUGUAGAUACUUGAUUCUUCUGAAUAUAUUCAGAAGUUGCAUGAAUGCCCAGCAAGGGGAGGUCUUUCAUGUAUAUAAAAAAAGAUAAUGUUUAUUGCUGGGCACAGUGGCACAUCCCUGUUAAGUCCCAGCUACGUGGGAUGCCAGGGCAGGAGGAUUGCUUGAGCUCAGGUGUUCGAGGCUAUAGUGUGCUGUGAUUGCACCUGUGAAUAGCUACUGCACUCCAGCCUGGGCAACAUAGCAAGACCUUGUCUCUACAAAAAAUCCUUUUUCAUAUGCAAUAAAAGCAGUCGCCUCAGAAGCUGGAAAUAUUUCCUUCCUCCUAUUUUUUUUCUUUCAGAUAAGGAGAAAAGGCCCAGAAAGUUACCAACAUGUGAGGUCACUCGGCAAGCCAUGGACUUGUUGGUGCCCUCUUCUGAAUGGGCAGGAAUAGAGCCAGUGGCCCAACUUUGUUCUUUCUCUGCUGGAAACUUUACCACCAUAAGGCUUACAGAUGUUUUAUUUCUGUCCUUCUGAGUUUGUUGGCUGCUUAACCUUUUCAGACUUUUCAGAACAAAGAUUGGAGGACGUUUAUCCUGUAGUCUUUGCAGUUUUGCCAUAACCUCAUGUGUCCUGUACCUUCCCAGUUCUGUCUUAAGUGGACGGAUAACCCCUCCCUUUUACAGAGAUUGCUUGGCGAAAAUUUUGGCUCAAAGACACCCAAGUAUUGGUUCCAGAAGGCCCCUGAGCUAAUACCAUUGUCACCAAAUUUCACCUUUAAAUCCCAUGGAGCGUCUAGCUCAGCCCUCUGAUGAGGCCACCUCAGAACCUGUUUGCUCAUACAGUUUACCAGGGGCCACCACCUGGAUCUCCAGCUCUCAAGGGCUUAGAAACUGCAGACCAGGAGGGAAGGGGUAGUGGCGAUGGAAAGAGUGGAAGACCACAGCUGACCCUGGAAAAUGAGGAAAAAGGAAAGGUUAUCACAAACGUAAAUAGAAGAUGCACAGGGGGAUGAUACUCCAUUGAAAAGAAAUUAAAAAAAGGAAAUAAGAAAGUAAUAGAUAAGGAAAAGAGGCAAAGGAAAUUAAAUUGAAUAUAGUUGAAGAAGAAAAUUUAACUAUAUUGAGUUUGGUGGUGGUGGUGGGGGUAAACACAACGUGACAUAAACUUCCCAUCUUAACCAUUUUUAAGCGUCUAGAACAGGGGUGUUAACUCUGUGCACAUUGUUAAAAAAUCUCUAGAACUUUUUCAAAUUGUGAAACCACACUCAUCCAUCAAACAACUCCUUUCCCCUUGCCUCUGUCCAUCCCCGACCCUUGGCAACCACCAUUCUACUUUGUGUUUUUCUUAGAUACCUCACAUAAGGGAAGCCAUACAGUGUUUGUCUUUUUGGCCUGUUUCGCUUAGCAUCAUGUCCUCAGGCUUCCUCCAUGUUGUGGCAUGUGGUCAGAAUUUCCUUCCUUUUUAAGGCUGAAUAGUGUUCCAUCGCAUGGAUAUACCACAUUUUCUUUCUUUACCUUUGAUAGACAUUUAGGCUACUUCCAUUUCUUGGGUAUUGCUGAUAGUGCUGCAGUGAACAUGGGAGCGCAGAUAUCUCCUCGGGUUUCUGCUUUCAAUCCCUUUAGAUGUAUACCUAGAAUGCUGGAUCAUAUGGUAGUUGUAUUUUAAUUUUCUGUGGAACACUUGUACUAUUUUCCGUAGCAGCUGACCAUUUGCCAUUCCCACCAUCAGUGCACAAGAGUUCCAGUUCCUCCACAUCCUCACCAACUCAUUUUUUUUUAUAGUUUCCACAUUCACUAUCUUUCAUCUUUUUGAUAAUAACCAUUCUAAGUGGGAUGAGGUGAUAUUUCAUUGUGGUUUUGAUUUAUUUGCAUUUCCCUGAUGAUUAGUGAUGCUGAGCAUCUCUGUUUGCUUUUUGGCCAUUUGCAUGUCCCACUUCUGGAUAUUAACCUCUUACUAGAUACAUGGUUUGCAAAUAUUUUCUCCUAUUCUGUAGGUUACCUUUUCACUCUACUGUUUUUUUGGUUUUUUUUUUUAACUGUGUGGAAGUUAAGUUUGAUACAGUCUCAUUCGUCUGCUUUUGCUUUCAUUGUCUGUUUUUGGUGUCAUAUCCAAGAAAUCAUUGCCAAAUUCAGUGUCGUGACAUGUUUUCCCUAAGUUUUCUUCUAGGAGUUUGACAGUUUCAGGUCUUAUAUUUAGGUUUUAUUAACUACAUUAAAUUUUAUGUUGAAGAAAAAACAAUGGAACA